AUGGCACAUUCCCCCAUGACAGACACGAGAUUUGCAUCUGGCUCUCAACCUGCUACGAACAGCGUCUUUUUCAGCUCUGGGUUCGGAUACGAGUACGAUUGCGCUCCUAGCAAGGGCACUGUUAAUGCGAUCCUCAUCUUUAUCGACUUCCCGGACCAGACUGCUUCAGAAGCUUCUCCGCAAGAAGUCUACGACCUCCUGAUACCUCAAGCCCAGCAAUGGUUCAACACGUCAUCGUACGGCCAGCUGUCGCUGAACAUCACUGCAGACACGAGCCAAUUUUACCGCAUGCCCAAGAACGCAGCAGACUACAACUUUGUCAGACCUUUAUCGCAGCAAGCUCACUAUGCCUACGUACAAGACGCUCUGGAGCAGUGGCUGGCUGUCACCAACACGCCGGUUCCCAAGGUCAACAGCACCGAGGGCCCUCUGACUGAUAUCUUCUACGUCAUCCCGACAAGAAACGCCACGGGUAUCGAGCUGUCUGCAGCGCUUACCGGUGGCGCGUAUACCAAGGAUGUGAACUACAUUGCGAGGAAGGCCGUCACCAUGGGCAUUGACACGUUCGAUUGGUGGGGUUACAAGGCGGUGAAUCACGAGACGGGCCAUACCUUCUGCUUGCCGGAUUUGUACCCCAUACCGACCGGCUACACGGGUAUGUACGCUGGCAAUUGGGACAUGAUGGCCAAUGUGGGGGCGUCCAGUCCGGAUUACUUCGCAUGGGAUAAGUGGAGGUUAGGCUGGCUUUCGGACGAUCAAAUCGAGUGCGUCGUUCCCUCGGCCACUCCCCUUAAAGGCAGCAACAUCACUUCCUCAACGACGCAUAGACUCACGCCACUCGAGACUAUGGGCGGGAUGAAAGCCGUGGUCGUGAAGCAUAAUGAGACGAUGGCGCUGGUGGCCGAGGUGAGGUCGAAGGAGGGAAACGACCUCAACUCGUGUACAACCGGCGUCUUACUAUACACUGUGGCGACAGAUCUUGGUACUGGCGAGGGUCCGAUCCGAGUUCUGGACGGGAAUCCUGGCUGGGGAACGGCGUCUUGCAUCAACGAUAAUCUUGACAAUGCGCCGUUGAGCUUGAAUGGCGGGGGUGCAAGCUCGUACACCUCGACAGAUCUGGGUGUGACGGUGACCGUUGUGGAGCAGAACGGCGACGAUUACACAAUCCGCAUUGAUGUAUCAUGA